CUGAGGGUGCAGCUUCUCUCUCCAGGUGCCCAUCUGAUGGGGAGAUGGCUGACACCCAGAACAUUUCCUCGGAAAGCCCAGGGAGUGUGGGCGCCGUGGCAGUGCCGGUGGUCUUCGCCCUCAUCUUCCUGCUGGGCACGGUGGGAAAUGGGCUGGUGCUGGCAGUGCUGCUGCAGCAGGGCUCCAGUGCCUGGCAGGAGCCGGGCAGCACCACAGAUCUGUUCAUCCUCAACCUGGCUGUGGCGGACCUCUGCUUCAUCCUGUGCUGCGUGCCCUUCCAGGCGGCCAUCUACACGCUGGAUGCCUGGCUCUUUGGGGCUUUCGUCUGUAAGGCCGUGCACCUGUUCAUCUACCUCACCAUGUACGCCAGCAGCUUCACCCUGGCCGCGGUCUCGGUGGACAGGUACCUGGCGGUGCGGCACCCGCUGCGCUCGCGGGCCCUGCGCACCCCGCGCAAUGCGCGCGCCGCCGUGGGCCUGGUGUGGCUGCUGGCGGCGCUCUUCUCGGCGCCCUAUCUCAGCUACUACGGCACGGUGCGCUACGGCGCGCUGGAGCUCUGCGUGCCCGCCUGGGAGGACGCGCGCCGGCGCGCCCUGGACGUGGCCACCUUCGCCGCCGGCUACCUGCUGCCCGUGGCCGUGGUGAGCCUGGCCUACGGGCGCACGCUGCACUUCCUCUGGGCCGCCGUGGGCCCCGCGGGCGCCGUGGCCGCCGAGGCGCGGCGCCGGGCCACUGGGCGUGCGGGGCGCGCCAUGCUGGCGGUGGCCGCGCUCUACGCCCUGUGCUGGGGCCCGCACCACGCGCUCAUCCUCUGCUUCUGGUACGGCCGCUUCGCCUUCAGCCCGGCCACGUACGCCUGCCGCCUGGCCUCGCACUGCCUGGCCUACGCCAACUCCUGCCUCAACCCGCUGGUCUACGCGCUCGCCUCGCGCCACUUCCGCGCGCGCUUCCGCCGCCUGUGGCCCUGCGGGCGCCGCCGCCGCCACCACCACCACCACCACCGCCGCGCGCCCUGCCCCGCGGGCGCCCGCCGCGCGCUCCGGCGUCGGGUCGGCCCUCUGUCCUCCGGUCCCCCCAUCGGCUGCCCUGGAGCCUCCUCUGGGCCUCGCGGGCGGCUGCCGAUGGGCGGCGGCUGGGAUGGUGGGGAGCCCACGGGGGAUCCGGGACGCCGCAGAGAUGCCCGGGGGCCACAAUGA